AUGUCUGAAGAUAAUCCCACUCCGCAAUUGAUAGAUGACCUUGAAUUACAUCCAAAUGAUAACGCUAGAGUUUUCAAGGAUUUAUUAGGUGGUACUGCUGGUGGUAUCGCUCAAGUAUUAGUUGGUCAACCUUUUGAUACUACAAAAGUGCGUUUACAAACCUCUACUACACCAACUACAGCUACUACUGUUAUUCGUAACUUGAUUAAAAAUGAAGGUCUAAAAGGUUUUUAUAAAGGUACAUUGACGCCAUUGGUUGGUGUAGGUGCUUGUGUAUCAAUUCAAUUUGGUUGUAACGAAGCAAUGAAAAGAUAUUUCCAUGCUAAAAAUAACGAUGGUGCUUCAACUUUACGUUUACCACAAUAUUAUAUGAGUGGGUUUGUUGGUGGUGUGGUCAACGCAUUUUUGGCUUCCCCUAUUGAACAUGUAAGAAUUCGUUUGCAAACUCAAACUUCUUCUGGUGCUAAUGCUGAAUUCAAAGGUCCAAUUGAUUGUAUUAAAAAAUUGAGGGCACAAGGUGGAUUGAUGAGAGGUUUAGUUCCAACAAUGAUUAGAGAAGCACAUGGUUGUGGUACUUAUUUCUUAGUGUAUGAGGCUUUAGUAGCAAGAGAAAUUAAUAAAGGUUUAAAAAGAACAGACAUAGCAGCAACAAAACUUUGUUUAUUUGGUGCAUUAUCAGGAACAACUUUAUGGUUAAUGGUUUAUCCAUUAGAUGUCAUCAAAUCUGUUAUCCAAACAGAUAAUAUAAAGAACCCUAAAUUUGGUAAUAAUAUUCCUACCGUAGCCAGAAAUAUCUAUAAGAGAGGUGGUUUAAAUGCAUUCUUCAAAGGGUUCGGUCCUACAAUGUUAAGAGCAGCCCCAGUUAACGGUGCUACAUUUGCAACUUUUGAAUUGACAAUGAGACUACUAGGUUAA